AUGAAUAGUUAAAAAAUUUCAAAUCAAGAAAACUAUAAUCAAGGGGAAAUUUAAAAUGAGGAUGAUAAAAAUGAUUAGGUGAACUAAGAAGAUAAAAAUAACUUAGAAAAAUAAAAAUAAAACAAUGAAUUAGAAAAAGAGAUGAUAGAAGGAGAAGAAAAAUAAACACAUGCAAUUUAAAAAUAAAAAAAUACAGAUAAUGAAGUAGAAAAUUAUGAAAAUGAAGAAAUUCAUUCAGAACUAAUUACUGAUACUAACGAUAAUAAAGGAAAAGAAAAAGUGAAUUUAGAAUAAAAUGAUCCGCAAAUUACAUAAGAAAAUACUAUAACCUCAGAAAAUGUUAAUAAAACCUUAGAAGAAAAUGAGUUAUUGUUAAAAUAAGAAGAAAAUUAAUAAAAAUAAAAUAUUGAUAAAUAUAUGAGUGAAGAAAUAGAUAAUUAAUAAGAUAACUAAGGUAAAAAACAGUAACUUUAACAAGAAAAUGUAUAAAAGUAAAAUGAAGAAAAUAAUGACACAGUAGAAAAGACAGAAAAAGAACAAAAUUAAAAAAGGAAAAAGGAUGAUAAUGAUGAAUAAGUAGAGAAUCAAGAUUAAAAAUAAAAUGAAGAUGAUAAUGAAGUAGAAGAGAAUCAAGAAUAACAAUAAAAUGUAGAAAAAUAAAAUUAAGAUAAUAAUGAAUAAGUGAAGAAUGAAGAAUAACAAUAAAAUGAAGUAAAGUAGACUGAAGAUAAUAAUGAAUAAGUGGAGAAUCAAGAAUAAUAAUAAAAUGAAGUAAAUUAAAAUGAAGAUAAUAAUGAAUAAGUGGAGAAUCAAGAAUAAUAAUAAAAUGAAGUAAAUUAAAAUGAAGAUAAUAAUGAAUAAGUGGAGAAUCAAGAAUAAUAAUAAAAUGAAGUAAAUUAAAAUGAAGAUAAUAAUGAAUAAGUGGAGAAUCAAGAAUAAUAAUAAAAUGAAGUAAAUUAAAAUGAAGAUAAUAAUGAAUAAGUGGAGAAUCAAGAAUAAUAAUAAAAUGAAGUAAAUUAAAAUGAAGAUAAUAAUGAAUAAGUGGAGAAUCAAGAAUAAUAAUAAAAUGAAGUAAAUUAAAAUGAAGAUAAUAAUGAAUAAGUGGAGAAUCAAGAAUAAUAAUAAAAUGAAGUAAAUUAAAAUGAAGAUAAUAAUGAAUAAGUGGAGAAUCAAGAAUAAUAAUAAAAUGAAGUAAAUUAAAAUGAAGAUAAUAAUGAAUAAGUGGAGAAUCAAGAAUAAUAAUAAAAUGAAGUAAAUUAAAAUGAAGAUAAUAAUGAAUAAGUGGAGAAUCAAGAAUAAUAAUAAAAUGAAGUAAAUUAAAAUGAAGAUAAUAAUGAAUAAGUGGAGAAUCAAGAAUAAUAAUAAAAUGAAGUAAAUUAAAAUGAAGAUAAUAAUGAAUAAGUGGAGAAUCAAGAAUAAUAAUAAAAUGAAGUAAAUUAAAAUGAAGAUAAUAAUGAAUAAGUGGAGAAUCAAGAAUAAUAAUAAAAUGAAGUAAAUUAAAAUGAAGAUAAUAAUGAAUAAGUGGAGAAUCAAGAAUAAUAAUAAAAUGAAGUAAAUUAAAAUGAAGAUAAUAAUGAAUAAGUGGAGAAUCAAGAAUAAUAAUAAAAUGAAGUAAAUUAAAAUGAAGAUAAUAAUGAAUAAGUGGAGAAUCAAGAAUAAUAAUAAAAUGAAGUAAAUUAAAAUGAAGAUAAUAAUGAAUAAGUGGAGAAUGAAGAAUAACAAUAAAAUGAAGUAAAGUAGACUGAAGAUAAUAAUGAAUAAGUGGAGAAUCAAGAAUAAUAAUAAAAUGAAGUAAAUUAAAAUGAAGAUAAUAAGGAAUAAGUGGAGAAUGAAGAAUAGCAAUAAAAUGAAGUAAAGUAGACUGAAGAUAAUAAUGAAUAAGUGAAGAAUGAAGAAUAACAAUAAAAUGAAGUAAAGUAGACUGAAGAUAAUAAUGAAUAAGUGGAGAAUCAAGAAUAAUAAUAAAAUGAAGUAAAUUAAAAUGAAGAUAAUAAUGAAUAAGUGGAGAAUCAAGAAUAAUAAUAAAAUGAAGUAAAUUAAAAUGAAGAUAAUAAUGAAUAAGUGGAGAAUCAAGAAUAAUAAUAAAAUGAAGUAAAUUAAAAUGAAGAUAAUAAUGAAUAAGUGGAGAAUCAAGAAUAAUAAUAAAAUGAAGUAAAUUAAAAUGAAGAUAAUAAUGAAUAAGUGGAGAAUCAAGAAUAAUAAUAAAAUGAAGUAAAUUAAAAUGAAGAUAAUAAUGAAUAAGUGGAGAAUCAAGAAUAAUAAUAAAAUGAAGUAAAUUAAAAUGAAGAUAAUAAUGAAUAAGUGGAGAAUCAAGAAUAAUAAUAAAAUGAAGUAAAUUAAAAUGAAGAUAAUAAUGAAUAAGUGGAGAAUCAAGAAUAAUAAUAAAAUGAAGUAAAUUAAAAUGAAGAUAAUAAUGAAUAAGUGGAGAAUCAAGAAUAAUAAUAAAAUGAAGUAAAUUAAAAUGAAGAUAAUAAUGAAUAAGUGGAGAAUCAAGAAUAAUAAUAAAAUGAAGUAAAUUAAAAUGAAGAUAAUAAUGAAUAAGUGGAGAAUCAAGAAUAAUAAUAAAAUGAAGUAAAUUAAAAUGAAGAUAAUAAUGAAUAAGUGGAGAAUCAAGAAUAAUAAUAAAAUGAAGUAAAUUAAAAUGAAGAUAAUAAUGAAUAAGUGGAGAAUCAAGAAUAAUAAUAAAAUGAAGUAAAUUAAAAUGAAGAUAAUAAUGAAUAAGUGGAGAAUCAAGAAUAAUAAUAAAAUGAAGUAAAUUAAAAUGAAGAUAAUAAUGAAUAAGUGGAGAAUCAAGAAUAAUAAUAAAAUGAAGUAAAUUAAAAUGAAGAUAAUAAUGAAUAAGUGGAGAAUGAAGAAUAACAAUAAAAUGAAGUAAAGUAGACUGAAGAUAAUAAUGAAUAAGUGGAGAAUCAAGAAUAAUAAUAAAAUGAAGUAAAUUAAAAUGAAGAUAAUAAGGAAUAAGUGGAGAAUGAAGAAUAGCAAUAAAAUGAAGUAAAGUAGACUGAAGAUAAUAAUGAAUAAGUGAAGAAUGAAGAAUAACAAUAAAAUGAAGUAAAGUAGACUGAAGAUAAUAAUGAAUAAGUGGAGAAUCAAGAAUAAUAAUAAAAUGAAGUAAAUUAAAAUGAAGAUAAUAAGGAAUAAGUGGAGAAUGAAGAAUAGCAAUAAAAUGAAGUAAAGUAGACUGAAGAUAAUAAUGAAUAAGUGAAGAAUGAAGAAUAACAAUAAAAUGAAGUAAAGUAGACUGAAGAUAAUAAUGAAUAAGUGGAGAAUCAAGAAUAAUAAUAAAAUGAAGUAAAUUAAAAUGAAGAUAAUAAGGAAUAAGUGGAGAAUGAAGAAUAGCAAUAAAAUGAAGUAAAGUAGACUGAAGAUAAUAAUGAAUAAGUGAAGAAUGAAGAAUAACAAUAAAAUGAAGUAAAGUAGACUGAAGAUAAUAAUGAAUAAGUGGAGAAUCAAGAAUAAUAAUAAAAUGAAGUAAAUUAAAAUGAAGAUAAUAAGGAAUAAGUGGAGAAUGAAGAAUAGCAAUAAAAUGAAGUAAAGUAGACUGAAGAUAAUAAUGAAUAAGUGAAGAAUGAAGAAUAACAAUAAAAUGAAGUAAAGUAGACUGAAGAUAAUAAUGAAUAAGUGGAGAAUCAAGAAUAAUAAUAAAAUGAAGUAAAUUAAAAUGAAGAUAAUAAGGAAUAAGUGGAGAAUGAAGAAUAGCAAUAAAAUGAAGUAAAGUAGACUGAAGAUAAUAAUGAAUAAGUGAAGAAUGAAGAAGAAUAAUAAAAUGAAGUAAAGUAGACUGAAGAUAAUAAUGAAUAAGUGGAGAAUCAAGAAUAAUAAUAAAAUGAAGUAAAUUAAAAUGAAGAUAAUAAUGAAUAAGUGGAGAAUCAAGAAGAAUAAUAAAAUGAAGCAAAGUAGAAUGAAGAUAAUAAUGAAUAAGUGGAGAAUCAAGAUUAAUAAUAAAAUGAAGUAAAGUAGAAUGAAGAUAUUAGUGAAUAAGUACAGAAUCAAGAUUUACAAUCUUAUCCUUAAAAGUAAAGUGAAGAUAUUUAUGUAUAAGCGGAAAAUUAAGAUUAACACUAAAAUGAAGAAAAGUAGAAUGAAGACAAUAAUAAAGAAGUUGUGAAUCAAGAAUAACAAUAAAAUUAAUAAAGUUUGAAUGAAGAUAAUAAAGAAGAAGUAGAGAAUCAAGAUUAACAAUCAAAUCAAUAAAAAUAGAAUGAAGAUAAUAGUGAAUAAGUAUAGAAUUAAGAUUAGUAAUAAAAUGAAUAAAAGUAGAAUGAAUAUACUAAUGUGGAAGUUAAGACUUAAGAUUAACAUUAGCAUGUAUAAAAGCAAAAUGAAGAUAAUAAUGAUUAAACUAAACAUUAAGAUUAACAAUACAUUUAAAAUGAAGAAUAAACUGAAUAAAUAGAAAAGUAUCAUUUAAAUUCAAAUUAAUUAAACUUAACCUUAGAAACAAAUGAAUUAGUCUCCAAUUAAAAUUAACAUAAAAAUGAUAUUUAAAUUAUUUAUGUAGAAAGCUAAGAUUAAUAAUAAAAAGUAGAAUCAUAUUCCUAGGUCAACUAUUAAGACUAACCUUUUUAGUAAAUUGUUCUGAAUGAUUCCCCAUAAAUCUAACCAAUUACUUAUAAUUUAGAAAAUCCUUAAUAUAAUUUUAUAUCCAAUUAAUCUUAAUUCAACAAUUCGACUAUCGAACAAAGUUAUAAUAUUGAAUAAUAAUUUUUCUCCUUCCUUAAUAUACAUGUAUAGGAUUAACUUUUAAAACAAUAAAUUAUGUAAUAAUACACAUUCCUUCAUCAAGAAAGGUAGCAUGAACACUAAAAUUCUUCUAAAUUAAAUGUUGAUUAAAAUUAAUCUGAAUCAUUAAUCCAAUAAAUUUAAUAUUUAGAAUAAGAAUAAUUAAUCAAUAAGUAACUUUAAGAAGAGAUGGGAAAUAAAAUAUAGAGUCUUGAAAUAUUUUACAAAGAGUAAUUAGAUGGGAAAGAUGCUGAAAUUUAAAAUUUACAAAGUGAUUUAUCUUAUUUAAGAUAAGAAUUGGAUACAAAGAAUUAUGAUGUAAAGGAAAUAGAAUAAUUUUUAUCUGAAAUGUCCCUUGAAAUAUUUGAAGAAAAAUAUUUAAAUAGCCAAGCGAUAGAUAAUCCGAAUGAAUUGAUUACUGAAGUGUUAAGAAAGUUCUAAUAAUUGCUAAACUAGUAUCAAACAUCUUUGUAUGAUUCCAUAAAUAAAUUUAAUUUUGAUAAAUAUGAAAGUGAGGAUUAAAAUAAAUUGAAUAAAAUAUUAUAUGAGAAAAUGUUGAUUUAGAAAGAGUAAAGAGGCGAUCCAAAAAUAGUUGAAUAGGAUAAAUAAAUUGAUGAAAUAAAUAUAAUAAUAAAAGAAUUAGUUUAGCAAACUAAGACACUAAAAGAUUAAUUACAGAAAAAUUGCACAUUAUUAAUCAAAGUAAGUUGUGAAAUAUUCAAUGGUUUACAAGGUUUGAGCAAAUCUAAAUCAUAGAUAGAUAAAAUAAAAGCAAUAACCGAAUCUGUUAAAUCGGAAACAUCAUUAUUUUAAAAUAUUGUUCAUAAGUAAUUUGAUAUAGAAGCAUCUAAUUUUGGUGAUCAAAAUCAGGUUUUACUUCUUGAAUUAUUUAAAGAAUUAAUUUCAAAAUAAGAGCAAGCUGAAAAGUUUUUGAACAAUUUUAAAAAAUCAAUGUCCUUGAGAAUUUCAUUAAUUAAAGAAAGCGAAUAAAAAGUCCUAAACUAUAUGGCUUAAACAUAAUAAAGUAAUAAUUUUUGA